AUGCCAGAGUUGGAGAACAGAUUACGGCACCUCUUCCGGCAGUACAGAGCUGUCCACAUCGAGAUCGCAAGUGACCUGUCAACAGACAGUUUUAUUAAUGCAGUCACAAGAUUUAUUGCGAGACGAGGUCCUCCCAGAAUGAUCUACAGUGACAAUGGCUCCAACUUUAUAGGAGCAGAGACUGACGUUGUGAAAGCAUUAAAGACUUGGGACCAAGGAAGAGUUGGAAGCGAGCUGCUUCGAAAGAAUAUUCAGUGGUAUUUUAAUCCACCUCUAGCUAGCCACCUGGGAGGUGUUUGGGAGCGGCUGAUUUGCUCUGCCCGAAGAAUCCUCCAUGCCAUGAUAGGUGAACAGCUUGUUAACGAGGAGACCUUGACGACCUUCCUGGUAGAAGUAGAAAAGAUCCUUAACAGCAGACCAAUCACCCGAGUGUCAAGUGACCCCAACGAUUUGGAAGCCUUGACCCCUAACCACAUUCUGCUAUUACGUCAGAAUCCGUGUUCAGCGCCUAGUUAA